UCCUCACAUACACACACAUAAACAAUUGUAAAAAAAAAAAAAAGAAGAAGAAGUAGCAGAAGAAAUGAUCAGUGCUUUGUGAGUGCUAAAAUCAUUUUGCCAUGUUAGAAGACACAUUUUUAGAAGAAGAUAUCUGGGAAUAUAAAUCAAAAAGAAAACCCAAAUCAGUACAUCUAGAUAAGUGCUCAGAAAAGACUCCAAAGUCGAUUGAAAAAGUGACAGAUGGAAAAUACCAGUCAAAACGCAAAGGAAACAAAAAAAGAACCACAGAGAAUAAAGAGAAAACAAAGGACCAUGACAUAGGUCUUGGGGAAACAGAUCGUCAGACUUCCAUAGUUUCUAGUCAAAAUUCAAGUUGGAGAGAUGGUAUCAAACAGUCCCAAGACAAACAGAGUACUCCACACAGGCACUGUAAGACUCACAAAAACAAACAAAUGUCCUCAAAGAUACGUCCAGUUUAUGAUGGAUACUGUCCAAGCUGCCAGAUGCCCUUCUCCUCAUUGCUGGGACAGACACCUCAAUGGCACGUUUAUGAGUGUUUGAAUUCUCCACCAGUUUCUGACAUAGAGUGUCCUGAUGGUUUUCUGUGUACUUCAACAUUUCCUUCUCAUUAUAAGAAAUACACUCACCUUCUGCUUGCUCAAAAGAGGGAUAGCAAGGAGCCUUUCAUCAGUGUGUCACCUGUAUCAAGUGGGAAUAUCUGUGAGACUAAGCCUGGCUUCACUUGUAACCUUGAAGAAAGAUGGUCUCAGCACCCAAAGCAAACUGAGAGCUUAAGAAAUGUUUCCAGUGAUCCUUUAUUGAAAUCCCAGUGUCUAAAAAAGUCACAGUUUCUAACUGAAAAUAAUGAAAAAAUUUCUACAUCUGAAAAUUCUAAACCACCACCACAGGUUGCACAAUUUACAGAAUUUGUUAAGAAAGACAAACUGGUAGGCGUUGCUUUGCCUCUGAGUACUGUGGAAGAAGUGGACAGCCAAAGCAACGCACGAUACACAAGCUUGUCACUGCCAGAAAAUGAUUCUGACAGCUGUGAGAUCUCCUAUUCUCCACUUCAGAGUGAUGAAGAAACUUAUAAUGUAGAUGAAAAGCUGGAUGAUUCACAACAGGAGCUAUUUUCUACUAGAAGCUCUAAAGAUGGCAGCCUUGAGGAUGACAACAGCUCUGCUGAGUUGGAAAGUCUCCCUGGUUCCUUCCCGAAGGACUCAGAAGAUAGCUGCUCCCAAAUGAGUCGCUUUUUAACUCAAAAUGACUAUAAUGAAGAAUUGUAUAACUGCAGUAUUCUCAAUGCUUCGUCUCAACUUACCUCCCAGUCUGAGAGCAGUAUUCUGUACAAUGAAUCCACAUGUCCUGAUGAUUAUUCUUUGUUGUUUGCACCUGCAUUAAGAGGACAGCUUCCUCCUUUUAACUACCAAACAGCCAACAAGUAUGCUAAUGAGCCACAGUUUCACACAUCUCAACCAGAUAAACAGAAGCUAGUAGUUGAAGAAUCAGCUGUUUACAAUCAAGUUUCUCUGCCUUUCAGAAGCCAGGGAGGCCAUCCAACCCAAAGGCAAGUGAGAGAAUUGUCAAGUAAGAAUAGUGCCAACUCAACAUGUGUCUGCAGAAAGGCAUUAAAGGGUGUGCUAGAUGGUAGUAAAGUGACAGUUUUAAAUACAGAAAAAUAUCCUAGUACACCUGCUAAGUCUUCUAUGCAAACAUCACCCUCUAGUCUUAAGUGCCACGCAAGCCAGCCUUCUACCAAGGUAAUGAAGCAAAUGGAUAUAGGUGUGUACUUUGGACUGCCACCCAAAAGAAAAGAAGAGAAAUUGCCCAGGGAAAGUGCAGUAAAAGAGACAGACUCAAAUCUAGUUGUAAGUCCUCAGGAAAAGAGGUCCCGGCAGUGCAAGAGAAAAGCAGAAAAAUCUUUAAGUGAUUUAGAAUUUGAUGCAAAUAACUUAAAUGAGAGUCAGCACUCUGUGGAACUCUCUGGGGAGAGAUCACAACGGCGAAGAAAGAGACAUAAAAAGUCAAAUUCACCCCAGAAAGGAGCACAGCAGAAAAGGUGGGACAGAACAGAAGCUGGAGCAGUCCAUUCAGAUGCAGACAGUGUCUUUGUGAACUCAGCCUAUAGCAGGCCACAAAGAAGGAAUGUGAGAAUUCCAGAAGCAUCUACUACAGGAGAAUUAAGAAAAAGGACAUGUCCAUUCUAUAAGAAAAUACCUGGUACUGGCUUCACGGUUGAUGCCUUUCAGUAUGGUGUGAUUGAAGGAUGCACAGCCUACUUCCUCACACAUUUCCAUUCUGACCAUUAUGCCGGGCUGUCUAAAAGCUUCACUUAUCCAAUCUACUGUAGUGAGGUAACUGGCAAUUUGUUGAAGAACAAGCUUCACGUGCAAGAACAAUAUAUCCAUCCACUGCCAAUGGAUACUGAAUGUACAGUGAGCGGCAUCAAGGUUGUUUUGUUUGAUGCUAAUCACUGUCCAGGUGCUGUCAUGAUCCUUUUCUGCCUUCCUAACGGUGCUGUCAUGUUGCACACUGGAGACUUCAGAGCAGAUCCCAGCAUGGAGCGCUCUCUCCUUGCUGCCCAUAGAGUGCACACACUAUACUUAGAUACCACAUAUUGCAGCCCAGAAUACACCUUUCCAUCUCAGCAGGAGGUUAUCCAGUUUGCCAUCAACACUGCCUUUGAGGCUGUAACUCUAAACCCACGUGUUCUUGUUGUCUGUGGCACAUACUGCAUUGGAAAAGAGAAAGUCUUCCUAGCCAUUGCUGAUGUUUUAGGCUCAAAAGUGGGCAUGUCCCAAGAAAAAUACAGGACCCUGAAGUGCCUCAACAUACCAGAAAUUAACUCUGUCAUCACUACAGACAUGUGUACCUCUUCUGUCCACCUUCUCCCAAUGAUGCAAAUUAAUGUUAAGGGUUUACAAAGUCAUUUAAAGAAAUGUGGUGGGAAAUAUGAUCAGAUUCUGGCUUUUCGACCUACAGGAUGGACACACUCCAACAAACUAACUAAUAUAGCAGAUGUUACUCCCCAAACCAAAGGAAACAUUUCAAUAUAUGGAAUUCCGUAUAGUGAACACAGCAGCUAUCUAGAAAUGAAACGUUUUGUCCAGUGGCUGAGGCCCCAGAAAAUCAUCCCUACUGUGAACAUGGGUACCUGGAGAUCCCGGAGCACAAUGGAGAAAUAUUUUAAGGAGUGGAAAUUAGAAGCUGGUUACUGACAACCCAGGACACAGGAGUGGUUAGGUAGCAUGGCUGUAGCUUAUGAGGAGUGAAAAUUUACAGUGACACGGAACAUGCUUUAUGUGACAACCUCAGGAAGAACAGUUGUACAGUUCUUCUCAUUUAUGUUUGAGUCAUGUGUUCAGGGUGCUCAGUUCCUCCCAACAUCCCUGAAACCACGGGGAAUAAGGCCCCCCAAUAGUCCUCAUUUCCCAUCCCUGUCUCCAUGGAGACAGUUAUUCUGCAUCAGACCUUCGUUGGGGAAACAAAGGCAGGUUUGCGGACCAAAAAAUAUUGUGGUAAUGCAUAGCCUAGACUGGCAGUAUUAUAUGUAAGUAAUUAUGUAUCUUUAAAAUUAUAAAAUUAACUUUUAUAUAAUAAAUAUUCUUCA